CAGCAGUUGAUCCAAGUGAUCAAAAAAUUCAGACGAAAGGGAUAGCUGAAUAUCAACCUUGUCAUUCCCAGUCCAUCCAUGGCUUCGUUCGGCGGUAGAGUGAUGGAGCGGAGCCAGAGCAAGAACCAAGCUUCAGAUUCGGAUUCGGCUGGUGAAGGAGUCGGUUGGCAAAGUGCAGGGGAUACCAGUCGAAUCAUGGACAAAGCUUUGGAACUGAACAGGAAGAAAGAUAUCAUAUGCCUUAUUUUGUCAUAUCCUCCUUUCAGCUCGGUGAUCCAAGGGAGUCACAAAGGUUGGAUUCUUGAUGUUUUGGCGAUUAAUCAGAAACUAAGAGAAGCAGUUUACAGGAAGAAAGUAAUCAAUGUUUCAGAGCUCUUUUCUAGAAUCAGUCGACAGAUUGAUCAUUCAAUCGACGAUAUUGAAGCUUAUGUUCCACGACACAUCAUUGAGGAGAUGCAAAGGGGAACUAUAUGGGGUAGAACACCUACUACAAAAGUGUACAGUUUGGCCAUUGAUUUUGCUGUUCGCCAAAUUAUACAAGAUAGAGAAACUCCCGAAUUUCAGAGGAUUUAUAUCUCUGGCAGAGAUGAUGCAGGCAUCCUCAUGUCAAGAUUGAAGAAUCUACAGCAAGAAAAGGGAAUGUUUGAUCUUGCCAUUCACGUUAAGGCGUCGUCUUGUAAAACUGCUGGAGAUAUUGAAUAUGGCAUUGCAAGAGAACUGGGUCUCUCAACAUCCAGCAGACAGGAAGUGGAUGUAUUGCUGCAAAGCAAAAGCUUCUUGAUCCUUCUUGAUGGUGUUGACCUCGCUUCAUCGACGAAUCUGAGCGAAGUGGGGACCAAUUGGUGGAACUCGAAGAAGUUUCAAAAGAUGGUUUGUACAACUAGCUCUAUGGGAAGGGGAGUUAAUCACACGGAAGUGGAUUUGGAGAUUAGGUUGGAGGAUCAUCUGUUAACAUGGGAAUUGUUUUGUAUGAAUGUUGGCAAUGUUGUGCAUUCUUCAGGCAUCCAACGCCUAGCAAUACGUGUGGUCAAAGAGUGCGAGGGUCAUUUGCUUGCCAUUGUUCUAAUGGCAAGAGCCUUGAGAGAGGUCGAUGAGGUUCACACAUGGGAAUAUGCAUCUCAUGCACUGGCCUUGCAACCCACUCGGCUGAGAGACUAUGUUUUAUUUAAUGCCUUAGCAUUCAUCUGUGGGCGUUUGGGCUCAGCAAUGUAUUGUUUGAAGUUUUUUGUACACAUGGGAUGCUGGAGAGAGAUAGAGAAAGGAGAUGUCAUUGGCAGGUGGAUCAGCGGCGGCUUAAUUAGAAAAGCAGAUGAAGGAGAAGAAAUGGUUCGGGAUCUUGUUGAUGCCUUCUUGUUAGAGAGUUCCGGGAAUGGAGAUUCUGUUUUUCUCAGAGUGCGAGGUGAAAUCUAUGAGGCCUUACUAAUUUUGUUAGGACACAAAACAGAGUUGCUAUUUCUUUGGCAAUGUGGAAAGGGAUUAACUGAUCCUCCAAUAGAAGAGAUGUGGAAAACAGCCAGUGAGGUGCAUUUGAUGAACAAUAAACUGUCUGAGCUACCAAGAGUCCAGAUUGCCCUCAACUCAGGGCACUGUUCCUACAAGCCAAUCAUGGUCUGA